CCAGAGUCAUGGCAAGUCCUGGACAGAAAGUGGUGCUGAUUACCGGCUGCUCCUCCGGUAUCGGUCUGAGGAUGGCUGUUAUACUGGCCAAGGAUGAACGGAAGCCCUAUCACGUCAUAGCCACGAUGCGUGAUCUGAAACGUAAAGAUAAGCUGGUCGAAGCUGCCGGGGAUGCAUAUGGCAAAACUCUUUCUCUGGCUGUACUGGAUGUCUGCAGCGAUGAAUCCGUCAAACAGUGUAUUAAUGGCAUCAAAGGUCGACAUGUGGAUGUCCUUAUCAAUAAUGCAGGUAUUGGCCUGGUGGGUCCAGUGGAGAGCAUCUCCAUUGAAGAGAUGAAGAAAGUGUUUGAGACCAAUUUCUUUGGGGUGAUUCGCAUGAUAAAAGAGGUGAUGCCCGAUAUGAAGAAAAGAAAAGGAGGACACAUCAUCGUGGUCAGUAGUGUGAUGGGACUGCAAGGUGUGGUGUUCAAUGAUGUGUAUGCAGCUUCCAAGUUUGCCAUGGAGGGCUUCUGUGAGAGUUUGGCUGUGCAGCUCCUCAAGUUUAAUGUCAUAUUGUCACUGAUUGAGCCAGGCCCAGUGCACACAGAAUUUGAGGCCAAGAUGAUUCAGGAGGUGAAGCAGAAGGAGUGUCCUGGAGCGGAUCCUGAGACUGUGCAUUACUUCAAGAACGUCUAUCUGACUUCUUCUCUCAACAUUUUUGAGAUACUGGGCCAAACACCUGAUGACAUUGCCAGAUGCACCAAGAAAGUAAUUGAAGCAAGCAAGCCACGUUUCCGUAAUCUGACCAACCCCUUGUAUUCGCCCAUUGUAGCGCUCAAAUAUGCUGAUGAAACUGGGGGCCUGUCUGUCCGUGCCUUCUACCACAUGCUCUUCAACCUGGGCCCUCUAAUGCAUGCCAGCAUUACCACUAUGAAGUGCCUCACAUGUGGAUGUCUGAGGAGCAGGGCAGUUUCACCAAACUAG